CUGCGGUGGGCGCAGUUUGGGCGCGGCUCGGAGCAGAGGCGAGAGGUCCGCGCCGCGCGCGCUGAGGCUGAAGCCAAGAGGGGCUGGGCCGCCCUCGCCGCGCCCGCCCUCCCUCCCCCGGGAUGCGGCGCUGAGGCCCAGCAUGGCCGGCCAGGGCCCCACCUUCCCGCUACACCGGCUGGUCUGGGCGAACCGGCACCGUGAACUGGAGGCCGCGCUGCACAGUCGCCAGCACGACAUUGAACAGGAAGACCCCCGAGGGCGGACUCCCCUGGAGCUGGCUGUGUCCCUAGGAAACCUGGAGUCUGUGAGAGUCCUCCUUCGGCACAAUGCCAAUGUGGGCAAGGAGAGCCGCCAGGGCUGGGCAGUCCUGCAGGAGGCAGUCAGCACUGGAGACCCUGAGAUGGUGCAGCUGGUGCUCCAGUACCGGGACUUCCAGAGGGCCACACAGAGGCUGGCUGGCAUUCCAGAACUGCUCAACAAACUCCGCCAGGCUCCUGAUUUCUACGUGGAGAUGAAGUGGGAGUUCACCAGCUGGGUGCCCCUUGUGUCCAAGAUGUGUCCAAGCGACGUAUACCGUGUGUGGAAGCGGGGUGAGAGCCUGCGAGUGGACACCAGUCUCUUGGGCUUUGAGCACAUGACCUGGCAGCGUGGCCGCAGGAGCUUCAUCUUCAAGGGCCAGGCAGAGGCUGGAGCCCUGGUGAUGGAAGUGGACCAUGACCGGCAGGUGGUGCACACGGAGACACUAGGGCUUGCUCUACAUGAGCCUGAAGCACUGCUGGCCGCCAUGCGGCCCAGCGAGGAACAUGUGGCCAGCCGCCUCACCUCCCCUAUCGUCUCCACCCACCUCGACACUCGAAAUGUGGCUUUUGAGAGUGCUGGGAAUGGAACCCAGGGCUGCACACAUGCUAGGAACAAAUGCGGUAUCUGGGGAUGGCGGUCUGAGAAGAUGGAGACUGUCAGCGGCUACGAGGCCAAGGCAGGAGAGGUAUACAGUGCCACCAACGUGGAGCUGGUGACACGCACUCGCACAGAGCACCUCUCUGAUCAGGACAAGUCAAGGAGCAAAGGGGGGAAGACUCCGUUCCAGUCCUUCCUGGGGAUGGCCCAGCAGCACUCCUCCCACAGUGGGGCUCCUGUGCAGCAGGCAGCCAGUGCCACCAACCCCACAGCCAUUUCCCCUGACGAAUACUUCGACCCCAGCUUCAGCCUGGAGUCCAGAAACAUUGGCCGCCCCAUCGAGAUGUCCAGCAAAGUACAGAGGUUCAAGGCUACACUGUGGUUGAGCGAGGAGCACCCACUCUCCCUGGGUGACCAAGUAACGCCCAUCAUUGACCUGAUGGCCAUCAGCAAUGCCCACUUCGCCAAGCUACGUGACUUCAUCACCCUGCGCCUCCCCCCUGGCUUCCCUGUCAAGAUUGAAAUUCCCCUUUUCCAUGUGCUCAAUGCCCGAAUCACCUUCAGCAACUUGUGUGGCUGUGAUGAGCCCCUGAGCUCAGUGUGGGUGCCAGCCCCCAGCUCUGCCCUCACCACUUCAGGGAGCCCCUUCCCAUGCGAGGUGGACCCCACUGUGUUCGAGGUCCCUGAGGGGUACAGCGUGCUGGGUGCUGAGCGCAGCGAGCCCCUUCGAGACGAGGACGAUGACCUGCUGCAGUUUGCCAUCCAGCAGAGCCUGCUUGAGGCGGGCACGGAAGCAGAGCAGGUGACCAUCUGGGAAGCCCUGACCCACUCUCGGCCUGGCGCCCACUCUCCUCCCCAAGCCACUGUUUACGAGGAGCAGCUUCAGCUGGAGCGGGCCCUCCAGGAAAGCCUGCGGCUGUCCACAGAGUCCAGGGACCCUGGGUCUCCUGAGAGGACACCCCUAUCCUUGGCUCCCCCAAGCUUUGAGGAACAGCUUCGCCUGGCCCUUGAGUUGUCCUCUCGGGAGCAGGAGGAGCGGGAGCGGCGGGGGCAGCAGGAGGAGGAGGACCUACAGCGGAUCCUGCAGCUGUCACUCACGGAGCACUGAGCCACCUGGACCUGGGAGGGUCAAGGCCACUCCCUCCGCCUGCUUUUAUAAUUUAUUUAUUUAUAAACUGUCUGCUGCUGGGCUUGGGGCCUGGAGCCCAGAGAUGGCUGGCAGAGGCACUGAGAUGGAAAUAAAGAGACCGUUAGCAGCA